CCUGUGCACUGCAGAAUGACUUGCUGUUCAGAACACAGCUCAGACUAGUUUCACUUCUCAGGAAGUGAGAUUCAGACGAGCAGAAAUGGCACAGAAAGGAGUUCAGCUGGACCGGGAGCUCUUCUCUUGUUCCAUCUGUCUGGAUACACUGAAGGAUCCGGUGACUACUUGUUGUGGACACAACUACUGCAUGAACUGUAUUAAAAGCCACUGGGAUGAAGAGGAUCAUAAGAAGAGCCAUAGCUGUCCUCAGUGCAAGCAGACGUUCACACCGAGGCCUGUCCUGCUGAAAAACACCAUGUUAGCAGAUUUAGUGGAGGAGCUGAAGAAGACUAGACUCCAAGUUGCUCCUGCUGAUCACUGCUAUGCUGGAGCUGAAGAUGUGGCCUGUGAUGUCUGCACUGGGAGGAAACUAAAAUCUCUCAAAUCCUGUCUGGUGUGUCUGAUGUCCUAUUGUGACCAACACCUCCAGCUUCAUUAUGAUGUUCCUCAACUAAAGAAACACAAGCUGGUGGAGCCCUCCAAGAAGCUCCAGGAGAACGUCUGCUCUCGUCAUGAUGAGGUGAUGAAGAUGUUCUGUCGUACUGAUCAGCAGCUUAUCUGUUAUCUCUGCUCUGUGGAUGAACAUAAAGGCCACGACACAGUCUCAGCUGCAGCAGAAAGGACUGAGAGGCAGAAAAAGCUCGAGGGGAGUCGACAAAACAUCCAGCAGAGAAUCCAGGACAGAGAGAAAGAUGUGAAGCUACUUCAACAGCAGGUGGAGGCGAUCAAUGAAUCUGCUGAUAAAGCAGUGGAGGACAGCGAGAAGAUCUUCACUGAGCUGAUCUGUCUCAUGGAGAAAAGAAGCUCUGAUGUGAAGCAGCAGGUCAGAUCCCAGCAGAAAAGUGAAGUGAGUCGAGUCAAAGAGCUUCAGGAGAAGCUGGAGCAGGAGAUCACUGAGCUGAAGAGGAAAGACGCUGAGCUGAAGAAGCUCUCACACACAGAGGAUCACAACCAGUUUCUACAGAACUACCCCUUAUUGUCACGACUCAGCCAAUCAACAUCCAGCAUCCAUAUCAGUCCUCUGAGCUACUUUGAGGAUGUGACAGCGGCCAUGUCAGAAGUCAGAGAUAAACUACAGGACGUCCUGAGAGAGAAGUGGACAAACGUCUCACUGACAGGGACUGAAGUGGAUGUUUCACUGCCACAACCAGAACCCAAAACCAGAGCUGACUUCUUAAAAUAUUCACGUGACAUCACACUGGAUCCAAACACAGCACACACACUGCUGUUAUUAUCUGAUGGGAACAGAAAAGCAACAUACAUGAGUCAACAUCAGCUUUAUUCUAGUCACCCAGACAGAUUCACUGAUUAUCCUCAGGUCCUGAGUAGAGAGAGUCUGACUGGACGUUGUUACUGGGAGGUGGAGAAGAGAGAGAGAGGAGACGUUUCUGUAGCAGUCGCAUACAAGAAUAUCAGCAGAGCAGAGAGAUUGAAUGAAUGUUUGUUUGGACAAAAUGACAAAUCCUGGGCUUUAGACAGUUACAUUAACUUGUGUAUGUACAACAAUGUCAAAACUUCCGUCUCAGGUUCUGUGUCCUCCAGAGUAGGAGUGUACCUGGAUCACAGUGCAGGUAUUCUGUCCUUCUACAGCGUCUCUGAAACCAUGACUCUCCUCCACAGAGUCCAGACCACAUUCACUCAGCCGCUCUAUGCUGGACUUUAUCUUUAUUCUGGAGCCUCUGCUGAGUUGUGUAAACUGAAAUAGACAGAAAUCAUUUAAUGGUUAAACUCUGUUUUAACUCUUCAACUUAUUUAGUCUCCAUGUUUGUUGCUGAGAGCUGAUUGUUGUGACAUUCCUUCACUGCACAAAGAUCAGCUGUCAGUCAAACAUUAUGGGAUGUCCUUUGACAUCUGGUCAUUAGUUGUUGUGUAAAUGUUUGAGUUUCUUUAGGUGACUCCUUCCUGUGUCUGUUUAGCCACGGAGACAAACAUCAUCCUGAGCAGUGAUGCUCAGGAUGAUGUUUGUUGACCUGAACUGAGAAUGAAAACUUCUCUGCUCUCUAAAUGUUGAAUAUUUGUAUCGAUGUAUUUGUAUGUUAUUGUUUCUCUUCCACAUCAUGGGUCUGAAGACAGAAAGCACCAGAUCUCCUUUAUCCUCUAUACUUUGUUCUCUUUGUAAAGAAAUCUAUAAUUACAUGUAUCUCUUUUUAUACUGAUCAUAAUCAAUAAGGAGAUUAUUCAUUAUUGUCUUAAACAUAUCUGAGAUUUAAACUGAUUGUGUGGAUGAAUCUGUACAUAAACAUUAUUGAACAGACUUUACUGAUGGGAUGUAUGGACUAACUAAAUGUUUUUGAUGAUGAAUAAACUAACAUGAACAAAGUA